AAUCUUCUGCCCCUCCAUUGCCGCCACCGCGCCACUGCUCAUAAGCAUGCUUAUCCGGCUGCAAAUCCUCCCUAAAACUCUCAUUCCGCGUUCCUAUUUUGCCCCUAAAGCCUCCUCUUCUAAGCCUCUCAAACCUUUCACUCCGGCCACCGCCGCCGCCAGCACCGACUCCGGCCUCAAAUUCCGGCAGAAGAUCCUCUACCUCCAAGAACUGCGAGUGAAUCCCGCGAAAGCCCUCCACAAGAACCCACACAUACGAUCCGCCCCUCUCUCCGCCCUCAAAUCCGUCGAGAACUCCCUCCGCUCUAUGGGCAUCGAGCGCUCCGCCCUCGGCCGCAUCCUCGACAUGUUCCCGCAGCUCCUCACCGCCGACCCGUACGCCGACCUCUACCCGGUCCUCGAUUUUCUCCUGAAUGACGUCAGCAUCCCCUUCCCCGACGUCCGGUUAUCGGUGAUUCGUUGCCCUAGGCUGUUGGUUUCCGGCGUGGACACCCAAUUGAAGCCCACAUUACGGUUCUUGGAGCAAUUCGGGUUCGUGGGUCCGUACAAAAUCACCGCCCAGACCACUGUGUUGCUCGUCUCCAGCGUUGAGCUCACUCUGAACCCUAAAAUUGAAUACUUAAUUGGAUUGGGGUUCAGCUAUGAUGAGGUGGUGAACAUGGUUCUUAGGUCUCCGGGGCUGCUAACUUUCAGUAUAGACAACAAUUAUAGGCCGAAAGUCGAUUACUUUUUGAAGGAAAUGAAGGGGGAUUUGGAGGAUUUGAAGAGCUUCCCACAAUUCUUUUCAUUCAGUUUGGAUGGUAAAAUAAAGCCGAGGCAUAGGCUUUUGGUGGAGCACGGAUUCCGGCUGAAAUUGCCGGAGAUGUUGAAGAUCAGUGAUGGGGAGUUCAGUGCAAAACUGGUGGAAAUGCAGUUGCAGCUCCUGGAGAACAGACACUUGUAGUAAGUCAGCAUGGCAAUCCCCGGUCUUCCAACUCCACACGACGAUUCAACUUUCCAUUAUGCGCCAAACCAUAGAACCGUAUGGCAUUCCUUACAUCUCUUCUUCCUUAACUAUUUGCAGAAACCCAGCCAAACUUGAAAUGUCAUAUACAAUUCAAUGCUGUCAUCAACAUUGACCUUUUUGAACCACUUCACCCCCACCCCCACCCCACACACACCCUUUAACAAAAGAAUGGCCAGGGGAAACUGCUAAAUUCCUCUUUAGGUAUGGUGAUGAGGUCAAAUGGAGAUGACCACAAAAUUCCGAUAUCCUGUGCUCUGAACUUGUGACUUCAAGAACGUAACCGUGUCUACUGGAUACCAUCUGCUUGCCAUGGGAUGAUCUCACGAGUCGUGAUGCCCAUUCAGCCUCCUUGUCGUCUUUCAAUGCUACUGUGGAGCCUAUGUUUAUAUCGAAACAUACUCGUUAUCUUUUCUUACAAGUACAAAUGUUGUAGUUAUUGUGUAUAUUAGAUGCAUUCAUUAUUGAAGGGGGGAAGCCUCAUUCUUCCCAUGGAAAUGAUAAGCUUUUAGAAAUGAUGAAGACCCUGCUUGUGAGUUCA